AUGGCAUGUGAUACUCCUAAAGAAGCUUGGGAUAAACUCAAGGAGAAGUUUGGGGGAAGUAGCCAAACUAAAAACAUGCAGGCCUUGAACUUGAGAAGAGAGUUUGAAAUGCUCAAAAUUCAAGAAACUAAAAAUGUCAAGGAGUAUGUGGAUAGAUUAAUAAAUGUAGUGAAUAAGAUUAAAUUACCUAGUGAGGAGUUGACUGAUCAUAGGAUUGUGGAAAGAGUGUGUAAGAACAAGGGGAAUCAGCAGGACCAGCAAGCUCAAGCAGUGGAAAGUUCUCAGCAGACACAAGAGAGUACAGAGCAGCUUUUUGUGGUCUCAGAAUGCAUGGUUGCAAGCAGCCCUUAUGAGUGGUUGAUUGACAGUGGCUACACCAAUCAUAUGACCCCAAAUGCCAGCAAUUUCGUGAACCUAGACGAGGGCUAUCAAUCCAAGGUGAAGGUGGGAAAUGGUGAGCUGCUGGAGGUGAAAGGCAAAGAUUUUUCCAGGAUGACAUGGGUACAUUUCUUGAACCAAAAGAGUGAGGUAGUUGCUAUAUUCAAAAGGUUCAAGCUGUUGGUUGAAAACCAAACAAGUUUGACACUCAAAACAUUGAGAAGUGACAAUGGUGGAGAGUAUACUUCCAAUGAGUUUGAAGGAGCAUGCAAAGGGGCUGGGAUAUGGCAUCAGUUUAGUAGUCCAUACACUCUACAACAAAAUGGAGUGAGUGAGAGGAAAAAUAGGACUGUGAUGGAGAUGGCAAGAUGCAUGAUGAUUGAGAAAAAUCUUCCAAAAAUUUUCUAG